CAAACACUGAGAAUAAUUCCAGACUAUAGUGCUUAUUCAAGCCAUGUGAAUUUUUUGUUGUUGAUUAGCCUGUAUUUGCGCUUACUUCCAGGUCGAACCGGAAAUAGCCCCCGAUCGGCGUAAUGCUUCCCGCAUCACAAUGAAAGUCGCCGACGUGCUAAUAGGCUCAUUGAGUGAUAUAUAAGCCACUCCGAAUGAUCUGCCACUUCGUGAACAUAAUCAUACAGAGAUAUGUUGCAAACGAAUCCUCCCCCGAAUCUCCUGAAUUUAUAGCAGCUUAUCAUGACCCGCACAGUCACACGAAACCAGGACAAGCUCUUCAUCCCACCCGGAGGCAUCGACUUCUCAUCCCAAACAAACAAGCCGGGUGUCGUUGACAUCUACUUGAGAGCCGGCGACAACACACCAGGAACAGGCCUUCACUGGCACGAGACUCACACUGAGUACCUUCAAGUCGUCCAAGGCUAUGCUCUUGUGACAGUCGGAGACCGCACAGCCAUCUUCUCAAAGGAUGACGGGAUCAUCACUAUACCGCGGUACACAAUCCACCAAUACAUGCGCGCAGAUAAGACGGACGAAGGGAAAGCGGGAAAGGACGUUGACCUCAUUGUGAGGGAAUGGACUGAGCCUGGCGAUGGGGACAAAGAGGUAUUCUUUCGCAACAUGAUCAGCUUGAUCAUGGACAAGAAGGAUGGCGCAUUGGGUACAGUCGGAAUGCUACUUUCUGUCAUGACAGUUUGUUGGUCUCAUGAUAACUAUCCCGUCUUUUGGAAAGGACCAGAGGUCUUUGGGGAGGUUGUGCAACAAAGAGUGAGAGGAGCCGUGACAUACUCUUUGAUGGGAUGUCUUGUUCUCUUUGGCCGACUUAUUGGAUGCAAGCCGCAAUAUCCAGAAUAUACACCAUAGAAAGUUAAUUCUCAACUCGGAAUCUAUACCCUUUGCGCAAACAGCCUCAACUCUUCACCUGAAGUUUGCAUAUACUAGGUAUCCAACUUCAACCCCGCGUUCAAUCCCUUUCAAGAUCAACCUAGCUUUCACGGCUCUCAACCUCGGC